AUGAAGACUGACCCCUGUAGCUCUGCAGUUCGAAGGCUUCUUGGCUCUUCUCGAUUAAACUUGGCCUUAAUUGGAUUUUUGGGUUGUGUUGUGGUUUAUGCACUACGAAGUGAUGUCAGCUUCGCAAUCGUAUGCAUGGUUAACGGGACUGCAGUUGAGGCACUGGCCGAAACGGAAGGCAAUUUGUCGGGUACAGUCUCUAAACGAAUAUCUUCUUGUGGUGUACGACCUAUCGGAGAGAAAGCUGAGGACAAUUCAGUUAGUGGCGAGUUAGUUUGGUCCAAAAAAACUCAAGGAUAUGUUCUUAGUGCAUUUUUUUGGGGCUAUAUGUGCAGUCAAGUUAUCGGAGGAUAUUUGGCAGGCAGGUACGGAGGGAAGCUUGUUAUCGGGAUCACAGUAUUUGCCGGUUCAAUUUUAACAUUCUUGAGUCCUGCGGCAGCGAAGACUAGCGCCUACGCGUUUAUUGCUUUAAGAGCACUACUUGGGUUAUUUCAGGGUGCGACAUUUCCAGCUUUUCAUACGAUAUGGUCCAUGUGGGCUCCUCCGCUAGAAAGAAGUCUUCUUACGGGGAUUACUUACGCAGGAGCUCAGAUUGGGAACACUUUGGUAAUGCCGCUUUCUGGUCUUUUAUGCAAAUAUGGCUUUAAUGGGGGCUGGCCAUCGGUGUACUAUGUACUUGGCAAAGCAGGAAUACUAUGGUGUGCACUUUGGUAUUUUUGGGCGUCAGAUCUUCCUUCGAGUCAUAGACGUAUUUCCCAAGAAGAGAAGAACUACAUUGAGGAUUCUUUGAAGGAGAUUAUGGAUCGCUCCAAAAAUAAUAAGAUUUUUCCCCAUCAAGGUUUUCGUAGUAUUAUAAGGUUUCAGAAGAGGCCUGUGCCAUGGCGGGCAAUCAUGACAUCUUUACCAGUCUGGGCUUUAUUUGUGGGCCAUUUCGCGGGGGAUUGGGGAGCUUACAUGAUGGCUACAAGCCUUCCGCUUUUCAUGAACGAUGUCCUCGGUUUCGACCUUACUUCUCUUGGUUUCCUUUCCGCAAUACCAUACAUUGCUUACUUCAUAUUUAUUAACAUUGGCGGUGUUGUCGCUGACAGACUACGUCACGCGAAUGUGUUAUCUACUAUUGCAACUAGACGAUUAGCUAUGAUCAUAGCUCUUGGUGGCCAGGGAGCGUUCUUGAUAGCCACUGGGUAUUGCGGUUGUGGGCAAGAACCUUUGGUCAUUGUUCUUCUCACAUUAGGAAUAGGCAUCUCUGGUGUGCAAUACGCUGGUUUUGUGGUGAACUAUUUAGAUAUCGCUCCCACCUUUGCGGGGCCUAUUUUGGGUGUUGGCAAUACACUGUCUUGCAUUGCAGGAAUUCUGUGCCCUCUGCUAGUUGGCUCAUUAACUCCAAAUGGUACUAAAGAGGAAUGGCAAAUUGUGUUUUGGAUUACUGGAGCUAUUCUUGCUUUUGGUACAACAUUCUUCUGUCUAUUUGCCAAAGGUGAAGCCCAAUCAUGGGCGCUUGGCAGCAGUAAAGGCGAGGAGGAACAGGAACUGAAAUCUAAAGAUGCUAGCGGAGAUUGA